UCCAUCCGUAGUACCUUCAAGGCCUCAAAUAUAAACCAUAAUAAUAAUAAUAAUACUCCGUAAUAAUUUUGUUUUUAUUUUUAUUUUCUAAAAGAACACCCACAAAACAAAACCAAGUGAAGUUUCACUAUCAUUCUUGGAAAAUUUUGUAUGACCAAAAAUUCAAGAAUAUGAAAGAAAGCAGUAACAAUAAUGAUGGGUUCGUAAGAGCAGAUCAGAUCGAUCUCAAAAGUAUAGAUGAACAGCUUGAACGCCAUCUCAACAGAGUAUGGACUAUGGAAAACAACAAAAAAAAUCAGUCGACGGAAAAUCAAUAUUCCGGUACCGCCGUCAAACCACCGUUUAAGUCCACCGUAGCUAGUAGUAAAGUUGAAAGGAAGGAAUGGGAGAUCGACCCUUCUAAACUUAUCAUCAAAAGUGUUCUUGCUCGUGGUACAUUUGGCACCGUCCACCGUGGCAUCUACGACGGCGUUGACGUCGCCGUAAAACUGCUGGAUUGGGGGGAGGAGGGCCACCGGUCGGAGGCUGAAAUACAGUCGUUGAGGGCGGCAUUUACACAAGAAGUGGUCGUGUGGCAUAAGCUUGAUCAUCCUAAUGUCACUAAGUUUAUUGGUGCAACUAUGGGCUCUUCAGAGCUCCAGAUACAAACUGAAAAUGGUCAAAUUGGGAUGCCAAGUAACAUUUGUUGUGUUGUGGUAGAGUAUUUACCUGGGGGUAAUUUGAAGUCAUACCUCAUUAAAAAUCGGAGGAAGAAGCUCCCUUUCAAAGUUGUUGUCCAAAUUGCGCUCGAUCUUGCAAGAGGGUUAAGUUACCUGCACUCCCAAAAGAUCGUACACAGAGACGUGAAGACUGAAAAUAUGCUACUGGACAAAACCAGAACUGUUAAAAUUGCUGAUUUUGGGGUUGCUCGUGUUGAAGCCUCCAACCCAAAUGACAUGACUGGAGAAACUGGGACCCUUGGCUAUAUGGCCCCUGAGGUACUGAAUGGUAAUCCGUAUAAUAGGAAAUGCGAUGUGUACAGUUUUGGCAUAUGCUUAUGGGAAAUAUAUUGUUGUGAUAUGCCGUAUCCAGAUCUUAGUUUCUCUGAAGUAACUUCUGCUGUCGUUCGCCAGAAUCUAAGGCCCGACAUACCACGAUGUUGCCCGAGUUCACUUUCAAAUGUGAUGAAGCAAUGCUGGGAUGCGAAUCCCGACAAGCGACCAGAAAUGGAUGAGGUUGUGACCAUGUUAGAGGCAAUAGAUACAACUAAAGGUGGAGGCAUGAUUCCCGGUGACCAAGCUCAGGGUUGUCUUUGCUUCCGUAAGUCUCGUGGGCCUUAAAAUACUUGCAGCAUGAGUUGAGUAGAUGGUAAAUUCAUAUUUGAUUGUCUAAAGAUCCUGCCUGGUUUUGCCAGGUCAAAAAAGAGGUAAGAAAUUAAACAGAUUCCUAAAAGUGGGAAUAUGUUAAAUGGUACAUGUUUGUAGACUUGUGGUGUCAUGCUACAUGUUUGAAUUAUGUAAUGUAAAGCUUCAUGUUUUUAUAUUUUGGUAUUUAAAUCUGAUAUUCAGUA